GAGGUCAGAGGGACCUGCUGGAGCUGUGUGUGUGUGUGUGUGUGUGCGCCCACAGAGUUACCGUUACCAUUUUACUAUGUGUGUGUCUUAUAUUACAGCAAUGCUGCACAUCAGUGGCCAGAGAGAGGGGAGAGGGGAGGAAAAGCCUGUUUACACAGACUGCAAACCGCCUGGGGAAUAAUGCAGGAAAGGAAGUGAGCCGGCUCUCUGUCUGACUGCUCCAACUUCCUGCUCUCGCUCUCUCUCUCUCUCUCUCUCUCUCUCUCUCUCUCUCUCACACACACACACACACACACACACACACCAAGGGGGGGAAAAAAAGAAGAAGGAAAAAAAAAAGGGAAAAAAAAUCCGGAUCUCAUUACAAGAGCAACAGAGCGUUUGCAGGAGGACUGUCAGCAUGGAAAACCAGGGGAUUUUAGCCAGCUCCCUUUAAACGACAAGGAGAGAUCGGGAAAAGCCCGGCCAAUUCUGGGUAUGGAGAGUGCAAUCACGUUGUGGCAGUUCCUUUUGCAGUUGUUGCUGGACCAGAAACAUGAGCACCUGAUCUGUUGGACAUCCAAUGAUGGCGAAUUCAAGCUACUUAAGGCAGAGGAAGUGGCUAAGCUGUGGGGGCUCAGAAAAAACAAAACAAAUAUGAAUUAUGACAAACUGAGCCGAGCACUCAGAUACUAUUAUGACAAGAACAUCAUCAAGAAAGUGAUUGGACAAAAGUUUGUGUACAAGUUUGUCUCGUUUCCUGAAAUCUUAAAAAUGGAUCCACAUGCCAUAGAAAUCAGCAGAGAGAGCCUUUUGCUGCAGGACAGCGACUGUAAGAUACCUUCUGAGGGCCGAGAACAGCACAAGCAGAGCUUGUCUGUGCUAAAAAGCACAAGCCGUAAUGAAUAUAUCCAUUCUGGCUUGUACUCGUCUUUCACCAUCAACUCUCUACAGAAUCAGCCAGACACUUUCAAGCCAAUCAAAACAGAAAAACUGGAAGAAAAGUCAGAAGGAAACACACCAGUGGAAGAAGUCAGGACUGUUAUAAGAUUUGUGACGAAUAAAACAGACAAACAAGUGAUGAGGCCCAUGGUGUCGCUGCCAUCUACUUCUGAAGCGGCAGCUGCCUCUGCUUUUCUUGCUUCUUCAGUGUCAGCUAAAAUAUCUUCUUUAAUGCUGCCAAAUGCAGCUAGCAUUUCAUCUACUUCACCAUCGUCAUCACGGUCCCCAUCUCUGUCUCCUAACUCACCCCUCCCUUCAGAACACAGGAGCUUCUUCCUCGAGUCCAGUUGCCAUGACUCAGAUUCUCUUGAGCCUCUGAACCUCUCUUCAGGUUCCAAGACAAAAUCUCCAUCUCUUCCCCCAAAGGCUAAGAAACCCAAAGGCUUGGAAAUCUCCGCCCCUCCCAUGGUUCUUUCCAGCACCGAUAUUGGUUCCAUUGCCCUCAACAGCCCAGCACUUCCUUCAGGAUCCCUGACUCCAGCUUUCUUCACUGCACAGACCCCAAAUGGAUUAUUGUUGACCCCAAGUCCACUGCUGUCCAGCAUUCACUUUUGGAGCAGUCUUAGUCCUGUAGCUCCUUUGAGUCCUGCCAGGCUGCAAGGACCAAACACUUUGUUCCAGUUUCCAACUCUCCUGAAUGGUCACAUACCGGUGCCAAUCCCCAGUUUGGAUGGGGGCUCUUCUCCAGUACUGCUUUCUCCAAAUGCUCACAAGUCCUGAUGAUGCCUCCUCAUGUUUUAAGGACACAUUAACUGUUUUAACACACUCAUUCCCAUGGGUUAUUUUUUCCUGUGUCAUGAGAAGGACAUUGUGAAACCCUCAAUUACAUUGGUUGGUUUGCACUUUUCAUUACAUGGAUCAUCUACUUUAUGUUAGCAUUUUUAAGCAAUGAUUUUUAUAUAUAUAUAUAAAAUUCUGUUUUGCAUUAAAUGAAUUAUAAUUUUUUUAUAUCCUAGCUCUCAAGUGUUGAACACUGUUGUUGAUGAAGUACUUUUAAUGGAUUUCAACAAUAUAUCUAAUAAGGAUGUGAAGCUUUUUUAAUCCCUUUUUUCUGCAUAUUAUGUAUUGUGCUUGUGUAAACUAUAACCGGCUGUGCCUUCUUUUUGCAUAAUGUUAUGUAAAUGAUUUAUAUAUUUUCUAGUAUUAAGAUAAAAAGUUGAAAGACGAAACUAGUAUUGAACAACCACCCUAUGGUAGUAUUUCAGUAUUUUUUCCACAGAUAGGCCAUACAACACAGUAUAUUCAUGUAAUUUUGUAUUAAGUGCUUUCAAUUUGUAUAAAAAUAGCCUUAUAAUUUUUCUUUGCUGAAUUGAGAGACCAUAAUAAAUUUUAUAUCCAGGAAAUGCGUUUAGCAGUAACUAAGCCAUAUUUACACAAUGCUGCCCCAAGUUCCUCCCUGGUGUAACUCCACUGAAAUCACUGCAGGUACAUCAGCAAGGAAUUGGGCUUUACGUGUUCAUAAAACAUUCCAAAUUUUUGAAAGCUGGUCUGCAGACAAAGAGGCCUUAUGCAGUAUUUAUUAUUUCUUAUGAAUUGUAGCAAUGAUAGCUGGUAAGACCUUAGGCAGCCUCCAUCCUUGUGGCUGAUGCAGGAUUGUUUCCUAUGGUGUUCACUUUUGCCAAGUGCCUUCUGCCACUUCACUCAGAAGAAUAUUCCAGCUGCUUAGCUCUGUCAGUCAAGUUUUCCCUCAACAGAAAUUGCAGAAUGUUAAAUUAACUUCUGGUGCUUGUGAAGAGACCUAUUGUAUACAUAGACCUGUACAUAUACAAACAUCUAAAGUCUUUGAGAACAGUGGAUUCAUAAAUAACGCUGUAUUGCUAUCUACAUGCAACCAAAAUAUUACUUUAUUAAGUAUGCCCUCUGGCUUUAGGUGAUGGUUUAGUCAUCUAAAUGUCAGGUCAGAACUAGGCUAGACACUCUGGCACCACCGACUCCAAUCUUGGCAGGGCUGAUGCAAACAUUCAGUCAUCUGAGGUAGAUAAAUUAGGUUGUGAGAGUUUACCAUGUGGAUCUUUCACAUGAGACCUUAAAGUCAGGAUCUUGUCAGCUACAUCUGGUCAUUAAAAAGCCCAUAACACUUUUUUAAUGCAAAAUACUGGGGGUUUUGCCCCUUGCAACUAGCCAAAACUCCUAACUCUUGAGUUUUAUGCAGUGAGUUUUGUGCUGAUUAUUUGCCUGGAUGCAAUUCAGUGAUGAUGUAUGUAGUUAAAUGUAAUGUGCUUUUGGAUCCUUCACGUUGAAAGGUGCUAAAUAAACAUUUUAUUAAUGCAGUUGUGAUUGUUGAGAGCCAUUUUUGGGGAUAUUUAUUCAUAAAAAAGCAAGUAGGCAUUUUCCUUAGGAUCCUUGACUAUGCAAUCAGAAGACACGCUUCAGGUUCAAGUAGUCUAAUUAAAUGGAUAAAACCUGCACUAGCACCAGUGAUAUGAGCAAAGCUCUAAGAGUAGGUGAAAGAGAAAAAUCUUAUCAUGCUCUUCUACAUGUAUAGCCAGAAAGGGAGGUGCUUCAAUGAUGGACCAUGGCAAGGAGGAGUGUCUCAUGCAAAAUCUCCAGAUAAUGGGACAAAGAUGGUCACACAACUAGCAGCCUGGAUUGCUGGGUCAGACACAUGAAUAAUCCAAGUGGAAGCAGUGGACAAGAGCUUGCAGGUCAAAUUCUUGUACAUUUAACAUGUUCUUUUUUUAAAUACACGUGGUCUCAAGUACAAAGGACUUUUAAAUUAUAAAUACACAAUCUCCAUGUUCUGGAAAUACUGGAAUCAAUUCUUUCCUUACUGUACACUAAUGUAACCACCUUCUUCAAUGGAAUUAUUUCUGAUUUUUUUUCUGGCAUAGCUCAGGGGAGAUUUAAGCAUCAGUGAAGCAGAUACAUCUCCUUUCUAGUUUAUAUAGUAAAGAUACUCACUGAAAGUAAUAGCUGGAACAUAACACAGAUAAGUAUUAAAAGUGCUCUUAAAUUCCAAACAGCAAAAAAGACAAGUGAGACUGGGAGAGGAGCUGUACUGUUACCGACUCGUGUCACAAACCAGAACAGAUCCCUGUGAAAGAAAAAGAAAUCCAGAUUCUUUUAAGAUUGCAUUUCCUCACAGAUACUGGAUUUACUAAUGACCCGACACCACCAACCUUCUCUGAAAGGACAUCAAGUCAUGUACACUUCCCAAACAGGUUAUUUUUUGGAGUAUAGUUUCACACUUGUCUAACCUAUUAGCUGUUACCUCUUUGUGCUUUACGAAAAAUUCUGAAUUUCUGUUGAAUGUUAUUAACUACUUUAAAUAAAUAAAAACAAAUA